AAAAAGAAAUUGAUAACCAAAACAAUAAAAAAAAUUAGAAAAAUUAGUAAAGUGCAAACGACGUCGCAGGCUCCCUCCAAAUUCAUCUUCAAUAAUAAUCUUCAUGCUCUGUCUCGAACAAACAUAUAUAUCUCCUCUCAAAACUCCCUCACCGCACCGCCACACCAAACUUUCCCCAUACAUGCCACCACCAUCACCACCACAAUGCCACCACCCAAACCCACCCAAACCCACCACUCUCCACCCCAAAACUUCAAACACCAAGUCCUCACCUGCCUCCACAAACUCUCCGACCGCGACACACACUCCGCCGCAGCCACCGAGCUCGAAACAAUCGCCAAACACCUCACAAACGAAUCCAUCCCUUCAUUCCUCUCAUCAAUCACCACCACCAACUCUUCAGACAAGUCUCCCGUACGUAAACAAUGCAUCCAUUUAAUCUCCACUUUAUCCGAAGCACACGGCGACAUAUUAUCACCUUUCUUGCAUAAACUCAUCUCCGCUAUUAUCCGCCGGUUGCGGGACCCCGACACCGUCGUCCGCACCGCAUGCGUUGCAGCGUCGGGAUCAGUCGCCUGCCACGUCACCAAACCGCCGUUCGUGUCGGUUGUUAAACCGUUCGUGGACGCGUUGGUGACGGAGCAGGAUGUGAAUGCGCAGACCGGCGCCGCUUUGUGCAUGGCUGCGGUAAUUAACCAUGCGCGGGAACCGGAUACCGAGUACUUAACUAGGUUGUUGCCGAGGAUUGAGAGGUUGUUGAAGAGUGACAGUUUUAAAGGGAAGGCGGCUUUGUUAAGUGUUGUUGGGAGUAUGAUCAGUGUUCGUGCGGGUUCGAGUGCCAUCAGUGUGAUGAAUUUGGUGAAGAUUAUGACGGAUUUUGUGGCGAAAAGUGAGGAUUGGUGUGUGAGGAAAGCGGCUGCGGAGGUGUUGGAGAAGUUGGCUGUUGUGGAGAAGGAUUUGUUGCGGGAGUCUAAGGCGUCGUGUUUGAAGAUAUUUGAGGCGAAAAAAUUCGAUAAGGUAAAAAGUGUAAGGGAGACGAUGAACCGGAUGAUCGAAGCGUGGAAUGCGAUUCCGGAUGUGCCGGAGUCACAUUCUUCUAAAGGUGAUAUGGCAGAAGAAUCUGAUCAUAUACAAAAUCCACCAAAAACACCUUAUAUAAUGAGUAAGCGAACUACAACGAGAAGAAAUUCGCUUGAGAAUAGCAGCAGGAAAACUGUUCCAGCCAUGUUCAGUAAGCUGGAUCGCAAGAAACCCGUUAAUCAGAAACUCGACACUGCUGAGGUUCAUAUGAAACACGAAACAAAACGGGCCGUUUUUAGUGAAAUUUCUGAUGAAAAGAUGCAAGAAUCUCGAUAUAAUGAAGAUAGAUCGAGUUCCAAAGUUGUGGGGAGCAAUGGCGGAUUGAAUACCAACUCUGUUGAACAAGAAUCCGAGGACUUAUCUUUGAUCCGCAAUCAACUUGCUCAAAUCGAGACCCAACAAUCCAAUUUAUAUGAUCUCCUCGAGAAAUUUAUCGGGAGCUCGCUGAACGGGAUGCAAUCUCUGGAGUCUCGUGUGCGCGGUGUAGAGUCAACACUCGACGAGAUUUCAUUUGACUUAGCAAAGUCAACUGGACAGGUGUCGAAUCCGGAACCCACCUUGUGUUGUAAGUUACCAGGUGCAGAUCUUAUUAGCUCUAAACUCUGGAAGAAAUCAGAAAUCCAACAGUACCCAUCUGUCAAGAACAAGGAUCUUGAAUCAUUCAACUUUCAAACCACCGGAUUCCAUCUCCGUGCCGGGCUAAUUAAGAACCCAUUGGCCGAGGUGCACCAAAUAUGAUCACUCGAUUUAAGGUGUGUUCGUUUUUACUUUUGUGCAUACGCGCUAGGAUGUUGUAGACCGACGGUGACUGGUAAAAUAGUCCGGGUCAAAAUAAGUAGUUUUUAGUCACGUUACGAGGUUACGAGUUGGGUUGAUAUAAAACUAGUUUUAACUAAUAUGAUUGUAAAAAUAUCCUAAUAUGUUUGUUUGGUUUGUAGUUUAUUGUUAUUUUAACUUGGGUAAAA